UCGUAUAAUGAGGAAAUCAUUUAAAUUAUCAAAAUGGGUGGAAUACCAUUCUUACCGAAGCUCAAGAGAUGUUGUUUCUGCACGAGGAAAUUGAAAGUAGCAUGCCUCUUCAUAGUUAUUUGGAGUAUGUUAGCUGCCAUCCACAGUACUAGGAUCCUAUUCUGGCCAGCCUGCGACAAUCUGUAUGAGAUAGACGGUGGUACCCACUAUGAAGCUAUCAGCUACUUCAAGUGGCUAUUGUUUAUUAUCAAUAUGUGCACUUUAAUCAGUUCAUUCGCUUACUUUUUGGGACUAUUUUGGGGUAAUAAACACACUGCUGAUGUUUUCAUGUUAUUCGGUUUCCUAUCGGCGCUAGCCAUGGUUGUUCACGCUUCUUUGAACAUACUUCAAAUAAUUUGUUCCUAUGGCGACACUGAUGAAAAUGAUGAACAUUCGUGUACUGAUCCGAGCGAUAUUAUAGCCCACCUCAUUUACUUCUUCUUAUGGUGCUACUUCAUAAUGAUUGUCAACUCGCAUAGGGAUAACAUGUAACUUUUUUUUAUUUCAAUAAAUAUUUUGAAUCAAAAAUUAUUGUUAUUUAUUAAAAAAAAUGCUAAGCAGUACUUUCUGUGUGAACCUAUCCGGUGUGAUAAGUUGUGUUAAAUAAACAUGUAGGUAAGUUUGGUUGGAACCUCUUUUUGUCUUCAAUUUCACGAUAGUUUUUACGUUGAUUUUCUUACACUUAGGUACUUUGGCAAAUUUUAUAUGAUUUUAGAUUAAAACAUUCGUAUAGAAAAGUUGCGAUGUAGAUACUGCAAAUUAGCAGCUGUUAUGUUAAUACAUACAUAUAUAUGAUGUUAAUACAUGAUAUGAGAAAUUAGGAGCGUGCCACUUUAAAGUUUGACUGACAUUUGUAAAAGUGAAAAAGCGCUCUACACGAUCACCUCUGUCUCAUUAUCAGAACUGCAAUAAUUUUACUUCCGAUGAAUAAUAUAAUAAACACGAAAGAUUGUAUUUAUCGA